UUACCGUUAUGAAAUUCCGGCUUUCAAAUACCCUCAUCAUUUCAAAUCUUUCUUAUCUGGAUCAUUCCCCAAGUAAUAAUCUCGAUGGAAAGGAGUAUGGAAGACGAAUUUGAUUCAAAGCACGAUCUGAAUACUGUACUGGGAACUAUUUUUUUGUUUUUGAAAAAUCAGAAUUUCUUCAAGACUUCCGAAGCUUUCAAAAAUGACUGCGAGAAGUUCGGAAUUCGGCUACCCAACAUUUCUGGAAAAGUGUUUUUUAGAACCGAUGAACACGCCGGCACUAUUGACGAUUGUAAACGGUCAAAACAAUUCAUCGAUAAGCGAAUUAUCUUGGAGACGUUUUUGGAGAAACAUGAAGAAACCCAGCCAUCCAAAGAAAAACAAAGGCAUGCUGGAAAUUCUGCCGAGCUUCAACAGCAAUCGCUGAGACAGAAGUUCAGUCAACUUCAAGAAGAGUAUAAGAAUUUGCUAGCCGUCACCUCAGAACUGACGAAUGCUUUACAAAUGAAUAUCUUGAGCCAAGCAAAAAGUGUCAACAUCGUUUUGGACCAGUGUAAAACGAUAUAUCCUUCAUUAUUCCAAACACCGCGGAAUGAGGAAGAAUCCAAAGAAAUGAAAGUGUCUGUAGUGGAAGGGAGUAGCGUACCAAUAAGUAGUUGCCUGGAAAAUAGUGAGGUGGAAUUGGAUAAAAGACUACCCUCUGUUGAGUUGCUGAAUUCAGAUCUUAGUACAGACGACAAUGAGCAGACUUCGUCGCACAGAACUCAAGCUCAAGUAUCUGCAUCUCCUUCCCAAGGCGAAAUAAAAGAUAUAUUAGAAACGAUUUUGAAUAGGGCUUUAUAUUUUUUGAACGAUAAACAAAACGCUGUUGAUUGUUGUGCAUACGAUAAAGCAUACUUAGAAAGUGCAGAUGAAAUCUCCAAGAUGUUAGAGAAUAUACUUCUGAAGGUGAUGGCUUCCCCAAGAUGUAAAUCUGGCUCCUCUAGCUGCUGCAAAGACAAUUCGGUUUUUGAAACCAGCAAAACGCCAAUGACUGCAAGAAAUGAUGCUAGCUUCAAGUUUCAACCAGAAAUGGACACCCAUAGUAUUAGUCAGAACAUCCAAAGAGAGGAAGAACCCCAUCCAGAAAAAGAAAUCAAUGUUACAGGCGAUAUCUUGUGUCAGACUCCCGUGGCAUGGUUCAAAGGAGAUAGAAAGAUUAUCUGUGGUACAAAUAGACCUCGCAGCGUUGAGGAGUGUGUUAGAGGAAUUAAGGUGGAGAAUCUCCGGUGCAGUAGUUGUUUUAGCUUAAAUAGCCUUAAGGAGAGAGAAAACUUUCCUAUAACGAAAAAAACUGUGAUAGAAGAAUCUCCGAAGAAAUACGACGAGCAGCUACAGUCAUCUCCACAGGUUCAGACUAAUGACGAAACGAAAAACAGCAACCAUGAGAAAGCUGGAAAAAUUCCACUACAUGUGGUUGAGGAAAGAAAAUCUGUGAAACCAAUCCAACAGUUCGUCAAGUUCCAAACCCCAUUGUGCUACUUGGAAAUUUGUCGCAGGCUGCAGGACGGCAAUAAAAAUUGCAGGUGUAGGUAUUGUGUUCCUGGAAAAAGCAGAUACUACUGUGGUUGUUACGACGUGAUUCGUAAAGACAUUGAAGAAGAAACAGAUGGCAUAGAUGACGAAACAACUUAUAGAAAAAUCAACUUUUUCAAGAAUUUAUACAACAAUCAUGAAAUUGGUGGACCAAAAGUUCUAGAUCAUUAUAUGUGUGAAAGACGAUGCAGUGUUUGCAAGGAUGUGAUUUGCAAGUGCGCUUUUGAAUCAAGACCUAAAAUUCGGCGAACACCACCAGAAUAAUGUAUUGCCAAAAAAAAAUUAUUAUCAUAAAUUUAUCCAAAAAACACCAGCGA